AUGGCCCAAGAUGGAAUGGUCAGCUUAGCUGGAGGGCUACCUCAUCCCUCUCUCUUUCCAAUUGAUCGAGCAGCUUUCACGGUCACCAAUCCGGAGAGCUUCAAAGAUGUUACUGUUUCUGGUAAUUUAGAUUUGGACGUCAACAACCUAAGUAAUCCUAAAUUGAGUGAUUUUAUCCAAUACGGUAAUUGCACUGGAAAUGCGCGGCUUCGUCAGUGGUGUUUGGAGUUUACUCAAAAAGUUCAUCGGCCGUUAUACAAAGAUGUCGAAACGCUCCUUCACCCUGGAAAUACGAAUGCGUGGAGUAAGGUUGUCGGCCUCUUAUGUGAGGAGGGGGAUUAUAUUCUGUGCGAAAGUUAUACCUAUCCAUCAGCGCAGGCUAUGUGGAUUCCGUUAGGAAACUUUGCAGCACCGAUCGCAAUGGACGGUCAAGGCAUCCGCGAUGACGAGCUUGAAAGAAUACUGAGAUCGUGGGAGACAGAUCAUCCUGGUAUUAGACGUCCUCAUGUACUGUAUCUUGUAAGUGUCGGCUCUAACCCGAGUGGUGUUACCAUGGGAAGAGAGCGGCGACAGAACAUAUACGAUCUAUGCGUGAAAUAUGACAUCAUCAUCGUCGAGGAUGACCCAUAUUUCUUCAUACAGUAUCCGCAAUAUGACCUGAAGGAGAGACUGGCCGCUGACGAAUCCAAGUCUAGCAAUGAGUUUCUCACCAGCCUGAGCCCUUCGUUUGUGCAACUUGAUCACCAGGGGAGGGUCAUACGACUGGAGUCAUUCAGCAAAACUCUUGGGCCAGGUCUCCGUUUGGGAUAUUUCGUCGCAAAUUCGAUUUUCACCGAACGCUUACUCCGGACGACCGAGGUAGAGACGCAGGAUCCAGCAGGGUUGUCGCAAGUCUUUGUGCUUUCGCUUAUGCAACGAUGGGGCAUGGACGGUUAUCUCACAUGGCUUCAGAGCCUCCGAAACCAGUAUCAAACACGACGUGAUUGGAUGAUAAAGGCUUUUGCACAGAACUUUGAGCUUCUGGCAGCAUCAGAGGUCAAAUCUCACGGUCUGAAGGAUGAUGACGGACUAGUGGGUUGUCUCCGCGACGCUUCCGGUCACAUUGUGCCGAUUUUCAGCUUCGUAUCGCCGACAGGAGGAAUGUUCAUCUGGUCCAAAUUCUACCUAUCCCACAAUUCCGAUUACGAACAGCUUCGCAAAAGUCAGGAAGUCGAGGAUCCAGAACAGGCCUUUGCCGAAAAGCUAUGGAUGCAGUUUGCAGAGAAUCUGGUUCUGCUCACACCCGGGUCGUAUUAUCACCCCUGGCAGGGGGCGCAUAGGGUCACUACCAAGGCGCGUGGGGCCGAGCUGGCAACGACAUUUUUCAGAUUCUCAUUCUCCAUGACCACCAAAGAGGAUAUGGAGCUAGGAAUCGCUCGACUAGCAAAAGUCAUAAGAAAGUCUUGGAAGUUCGCUGCAUCACCGACCGCAUCUGACCCCAAAGUGCGUGUCUGGCGAGCGUGUCGGGAGUGUCGCAAGAAAAAGAUUAAAUGUGAUGGCAAGGAGAUAUGCCAUCACUGUGUGGCUCACUCGCGCGAAUGCCAGUAUCCGCCAAGUAAUGAUAAUGCCUCUGCUAAUCGCCAAUCCGUCGCAACCGUUGAUCAACAGUGCAAAGUGCUCUCUCAGCUCUGUGACAAAGUUGACCAACUUGCCAACAAAUUUACCGUAUCAAUGGAGACACUUGAGCGCCUGACAACGGAGACUCGUUCGCUUCCGAUUAUUGACUGUGCUGAUCUUGAUGGGAGUCGUGCGUUUCCUGUAGAUGCCGGCCAAGAUGAGGCAGGAGCACUGGUUGGAUAUCACGAAGAGGAUGAGACAGGAAGUAGCAGUGACAGCGAGGUGGACGAAAUUGGAAAUAAAUCCGAUGGGCAUAUGGCCUUGGACUCGUAUGGCCAACUACGGUAUAUUGGAGGGCCAGCGAACAUGAUCUUGGUCAAGACUAUCCAGGAUCUAGCAGCUACAUCCGCCACAGAACGUAACACCAAUCCAUUAGAAUUAUUGAAUACCCGUCCAGGGGAAACUCCAGGCUCAGCCAGCUCUACAGGGAUAAGUUCAACCCUGCCUUUCUUCUCCCAAGGCUUGGUCUGGCCCAAGCUACCCCACUUGCCGGCGCCCGACAGUGUCCCCCGACCCCCAAGAUAUGUAUCAGAUCUUCUGGUCAACCUGUAUUUCAGCCAUAUCCAUUACACCUUUCCUGUACUGUUUCGACCAUCCUUUAUGCGCAAGUAUCAGGCUAUGCUCGAUGCAAAAUCUUCGGUAUCCUCCAGCGCUCGCUUCAUGUCUGUUUUCUUCGCGGUCUGUGCAUGUGCUUCUAGUCUUCUCCCACAUGACUUCGAGAAGAUUGGCAGUUUUCCUGGCCUGGAAUACUAUGAAAAGUCGCUUCUCCUCCACUAUCGCUGCGUGGGACAAGGAAACAUUGAACAAGUUCAGUGUCUUGGCUUACUUUCAUUGUGUUCCGCUGGCUGGAACACCUUGACCCAAAGCUGGAAGUUCGCUGGUCAGGCAGUCCGCGCCGCCCAAGAUCUUGGAUUGCACGUUGAUCUUCAUCGUGUCACGCCUGACCCGUGGGUUUUGGUAGACUGUGAGCAUGGGGAUAUUGAUGAUUCAGCCAUGUACCACGCAGUGGGAGCAAUUGCGGCCUCGGGAUCUUCGCCAAUUGUUCGCAUUGCGGCCGCGGAACCCUAUAUGAUAAAGAGAGCUUUGGACAGCGGAGCCCACGGUAUCAUGGUUCCGAUGUGUGAGACAAAGGCUCAAGCCGAACUGAUUGCGAGAGCAUCACAUUAUCGCUCCACGGAAUUCUCGACUGGUAUUCGUGGUACUGGUGGACUAUUUGCACCUGCAAACUUCAAUAUCUCUGCUGCGUCCUACAUGAACCAUGCUAACUCAAAUAUCACCGUUAUUGUUCAGAUCGAAACUGAGACCGGCGUUGAGAAUGCUCAAGAGAUAGCCUCGGUACCCGGUAUCGAUAUGUUAUUCAUUGGCCCCAACGACCUAUGCUGUUCAAUGGGUUACUUUGCCUUCGACCACAAGAGAAUUCCCCAGGUGCAAGAAGCUGUGAUUAGAGUAAGAGACGCUGCAAAACGAGAAGGAAAAUAUGCGGGUUACUUUUGCUUGUCAGCUGAAGAUGCAGCUCAAAGAGCAAAAAUGGGAUUUGAAUUCGUGAACUGCGGUGCCGAUAUUGUCGCCAUUUCCAGCUGGAUGGGAUCUGAGAUGGCGAAAUUGAAAGACUUGCUGGCGUCAGAUCAACAGACAAAUGGUGUAUGA